AUGGAUUCUCGCCCACCAGCGGGCACGGCUCAACGGCCACAAUCAAAACCGCUGAGCUGUACAAAUUGCCGUGCGAGGAAACUGAAGUGCAGUCGAGAACACCCAUGUAGUCACUGCGUACGCUCCGGCGCUGAAUGCAUCUUCCCUACACGCAAGCGGAUGCGUAAACCGCGGACGAACAAAAACUCGGACCUACUCCAACGUUUAAGUCGGUUAGAGUCUAUUGUGGGCAAGGUUAGUGCUUCUGGCCUAGAAGGAGCCAAUGUGACCGAGCUAGUCUCAGACUCUACAACCAGUCUGAGCACCGCUCCGCUGGUCCCUGGAGCUGCUACGAAGCCGACCGUUCCUAGCGAGUCUCAGGAUAACUGGAAGAAGGCGCUUCAAGAUAGCAAGGCUUCGCGCUAUCUGAGCGGCGAGUUUUGGUCAAGCCUCUGUCUCGAAGUCGAAGGGUUGAGGCAAGCGCUGGAGUCAUCCACCGACUCGGAUGAUGAAGAACAACAAAUGUUGCAGGGAGGCACUCCCGAGUCGGUAACAAACGAUAAUAGUAGCUCUAGCGCAUCUACUUUAUCACCGGGAAUGCUCCUCGGGAAUUCACCACGUAUCUCGUACGAUCAUAUUGAGCAUCCAUCCCCACAGCAUAUAUUAUUUUUGACCUCUACAUUCUUCAUGAAUGUUGAUAUGAUCCUGAAGAUACUUCACAGGCCCACAAUACGAGAGGAUAUAUGUUCACUCGCCCGCUCACCCGAAACUGCACGGUCACAACUUACCCCGGAGAAAGAAGCCCUGUACUUCUCUAUCUACUAUGCGGCUGUGGCAAGCCUAUCGCCCUCGGUAUGCCUCGCGCAGCUAGGCCAACGGCGCGAGGAAUUACUCCAGCUCUACUCUUCCACGCUCGAGUACCUUCUGGUGCGGGCUGACUAUCUUAGUAGCACUAGUCUCGAAACCUUGCAAGCGUUAACAUUAUACGUAGCUUGCGUGCGAUGUAAUACCAAAGGGUCGCGCGCAUCGUGGGCACUUGUUUCCUUACCCAUACGUCUUGCGCAAGCGCUUGAUCUACAUCACGAGAGCAGCAAUGCACAUCUCUCCCCAUUCCAGGCGGAAAUGCGGCGACGUCUUUGGUGGCAGCUCAUAGUGCUCGACAUUCGGGCAUCUGAAGACCGGGGAACCAAUACUAUUGUAGCGCGUGAUAGCUAUGACACGCGGCUCCCGCUGAAUAUUAACGACGACGACUUUGGGCCUGACUCCUCGGGCCCGCUAGUCGAGAGGCAGGGACCUAGUGACAUAACAUUUAACUUAUGCACAGCGCGGUGUUCGGGACUCUUCCUGGCCGUAGAGCAUGCGCAGGACGCUCCAGGCAUCGAAGACAGCGGCCCACCGUCCAAGGGUGUCGAGGAAACAUUGCGGCAUGCGCAGAGUCUUGAAGCGCAAUUCGUCGUAGGUGCAGACACGAACCAUGCGCCUUCGCAUCUAGCCUCUGUCAUGGUACGUCUUGUUAUCCUCAAGCUGUGGCUCAUCAUGCAAUACCCGCUACACCCGCGGCGGCGCCCACAAGCGUCUUCAACAUCGCGGCAAGGGGGAGCGGGAGCAGCCGGCAACAUGUUCCCUCAUGAGGCGACGCUGCGCACGGCCAUAUCUAUCGUUGAGCUUAAUGAGCACCUUGCGACUGGGCCGUAUGGCCAGCGGUUCAGCUGGUGGGCCGCUACGUACGUCCAAUGGCAUCCCCUAGCUGUCGCGCUUGCGGAGUUGUGCACGCAGACCCGUGGCGAGCUCGUCGACCGCGCCUGGCGGACCGUCGAGGACGUCUUACCUAAGUGGAGCGAGGUCAUCGCCGACACUAAGAAUGGUACCUUGUGGCGGCCUAUUCGCAAGCUGUAUAAGAGGGCUAAAGCGGCUAGGUUGGCUACCACGUCUAUCGCCGAUACUACUACACCUGCCGCUACUACAAACACCACCGGCACUACAGUGGUUACUGUAGAUAGCCCAGACGUACAGAUACAAGAUGCAGUAUACAUGCAAACUAACAACGCAGAAAGCGGCAUUCCGCCGACAGAAAGGGGUUUUACUACGACAGUACAGCCGGAAAGCAUAUACGAGGCCGAAAUGCGCGAUACAAGGGAGCCUAGCGCCCCGGCAGAUCUGGAAAAGCUCAGCUUGUCGCCGUACGCAUUGAACGAGUUAUGGGGGUGGAGGGAUUUGAGUUUUGAUAUACCCAUGUUGGACAUUGGCGGUCCGAAUAUUAUGACGGAUUGGAGUACUUGGGAUGACUUUGUGACCGAAACACAGGCUGACCCUGAUAAACAGUCUAAGUCGGGGUCGAGUGAGGUUAGCAAUCAGUAA